GUUUAAAGCUUUUCCACGUGUAUAUUCUUUGUCGGUGUUGCAAGAAAAAGCUAUAGACUAACAUCAUAAAAGAGGAUAUUUGUUUGGGCUUCAACCAAUGCUAUAAUCCUCACUUACCAACUAGACACCGUACAGUGAACAUCGCUGGGGAAGUUCUAACUCCAGUACUAGAAGCUUCACAGACAUGGUUAGUCUACUCGUGGCUGUUAUUGUGGUGCUGUUGCCAACUCUCUCAGUGGGGCUUACGCCUAAAGGAGAUGUCAGGCCUGAAGAUCUCAAAUACCUUGGCUGUUACCAAGACGAUGGAUGGAACAACCGCGCCUUUCGUAAAGUCCUCUACGACGCCAGACCACGCAUCGACUGGACAAGAUGGCGGGAUUUGAGCUAUAUCGUAAGAAUUUGUGCCAGUAAACUACUCGAGUCUGGAAAAAACGACGCUGUCUUCUCCGUGCAAAACUGGGGCGAGUGUAGAAUCGAUUCUGAUCCAGAGCGUUACAAAAAAUUUACUCACUCAUCGAAAUGUAUCUCGCAUGUUGCUGGCCCAAUGCUCAACGCUGUCUACAAGAUUGCAAUACAAAACUGUAAUGUUAACGACUCAAUGUAUAUCAAUGGCCGUACUCAAUUCAUCCCACAAGGUCCAACACAAUGUCAUGCAUGUAAAUGCAAGGAGGGACAAACCGAAUGCAAGACUAUAGUCUGUGAUUAUUCGUUUAAGUGUGAAAAGUAUACGCCUCUACGUAAAAAUUCCUGCUGUAGUAAAUGUGCCUGCCAUCACCUGGGUAAAGACAAAAUGAAUGGAGAAGAGUGGGAUGACAGAAGAGAUCCAAGUUCGUGCAGCCAAUGCCGAUGUAUCAACGGCGAAGCUUUCUGUGAAAAGACGGCUUGCUCAGCGAAUUGUCCUUACCCAGAGUACAUUCCAGGAAAGUGCUGCCCUCGUUGCAGACCAAAAGCCCCCACUACUUCCCCAUGGGAAAUCAUCACAUUACCGACCUCUCGGCCACAACCUACGUUCCCACCUUGGUUAAGUGGUGCAUUCGGCAAAAGAUCUCUGAGGAAGAAAAGAAGCAAUAAGGCUAAAGUAUUCUCUAAGGAGGCUUCCAGAGACUAUUAGUACCAAGGAAAUUGACAAGCCCUCUGGUGUACUCACUAAAACCUCAUACCCAAAAUACACAACUAUAUAUAUAUAAUCUACUUGUAAUGAUGUUUAAUCAACCUGUAUACUGUAAAGAAUUCCUGGGAUUUGCAUUCAGUCGGACACUCUUGUUGUAACGAGGAACUUUAAACCAAGCUAAGGCCUUAUAGUCAACAAAUUUAAUGGUAUAGCUAAGGUAGUGUAAUCGGUGGUAAUGUAACAUGGUUAAUUUGUGAAUGCAGAGGUGUUAUACUGAUCGAUGAAGCGAAUGUUGUUUGGCAUGCCAUGUAUUAAAAGAAAAAUGAUAACGAGUAAGAAGUA